UUGUGCUUCCUGCAGGAGGAGAAGGAGCAGCUGAUCGAGUACCGCAGCACGGUGGCGAGCCUGGUGGGCCGGGCCAAGACGGUGGUGCAGCUCCGCCCUCGCAGCGCCGACUUCAGCCUGGCAGCCACGACGCCCAUCAGAGCCAUCUGCGACUACCGGCAGAUCGAGACAAACGUUCAGAUCACGAUCAGUCGAGGAGAGGAGUGUGUGCUGGAGGACAACUCUCAGCGGACCAAGUGGAAGGUGAUCAGUCCGACGGGGAACGAGGCCAUGGUUCCCUCGGUGUGUUUCAGCGUCCCUCCUCCCAACCAGGAGGCCAUCGACACGGCCGGCAGGACAGAGCAGUUGUACCAGAAGGUCAUGUCUCUGUGGCAUCAGCUCCACGUCAACAUGAAGAGUGUGGUGUCGUGGCAUUACCUGCUCAAAGACAUCAGGACUGUAUCCGGAUGGAGCCUGGACACGGUUCGUUGUCAGUCUCCGUCAGAGCGACAACACGUCCUGGAUCACCUGGAGACCCAGCUGGCCGACUUUCUGUCAGACAGCAAGGAGAGCUCUCUGUUCACGACAGUCGAAAGACGAGAGCUGGAGAAGGACGUUCAGCAGGCCCAGCAGCACUGCCAGGACCUGCUGCUCAACAUGGAGACCGUGGAGAAGGACGAGUCGGUGUCUCGGUCGUACCUGUCCGAGCUGCAGAACGUCACCCUUCGUCUGAACGAGGCCGAGCAGAGGCUGAUGAGGGGGAUUGAGACUCCGCCCCCCAGCCGGCUGUCAGGUGACAGCACUGACAACGCCGUCCGGAUAGCCGAGCAAGAGAAGCUGCAGUCGGAGCUGGACGCUCUGCGCUCCAGUGUCGGUGAUGUGUCUCGUCGCUGCGUCAGUUUUUUCGAGGAGAAGCCGACGUCCUCCAGCGUUCCUGCCCUCCGAUCUGAGCUCAGCCUGGCUGUGGAGAAGAUGGAUAAACUGCACAACCUCUCGUCUGUCUACCUCAAAAAGCUGAAGACAGUAGACGUCCUGAUUCACAGCCUGGAUGAAGCAGAAAGUCAAGUCAGGAAGUACGAGAGCAAACUAAGUGAAGAAGACAUCGUUCCUGCCGACACAACAGCCAUUCAAAACCUCAGAGAUCAACUCGGGAAGUGGCAGGCGGAGCUCUCUGAGCAGGAGGGCAUCUUCCAGUCGCUGCAGGCCGAGGUGGGUCGGGCCAAAGAGGCGGGUUCUCAGCUCAGCAGGCUCCAUCCAGACCGAAGCCCCGAGCUGGAGCGCUACCAGGAGAAAGCCAAUCAGAUGGCGGAGAGGUGGAGCGGAAUCAAAAGACAGAUGGAGACACGACGGUCUGAUCUGGAAGGUCUGGGCUCGGCACUGCAGCAGUACAGAGACGGACACUCUGCUCUGAUUAAAUGGAUCGAAGAGACGACGGAGAGACAAGAGAACACGCAACCUGGACAGAGUGACAGCAAAGCGCUGUCUGAACAACUGGCCCAGCAGACGGCAUUAGUAGCUGAGAUCGAACAGAACCAGACCAAACUAGACGAGUGCCAGACUCACUCCAAACAGUACUGCACCUCAGUGAAGGACUAUGAGCUGCAGCUGAUGACAUACAGAGCCUUUGUAGAGUCGACGCACAAAUCGCCUGUCAAGAGGAGGAGGAUGCACUCCUCCUCUGACGCCAUCACUCAGGAGUUUAUGGACUUACGCACACGCUACACAGCCUUGGUCACCUUGACAACGCAGCAUGUAAAGUACAUCAGUGAUGCUCUGAGAAGACUGGAGGAAGAAGAGAAAGAGGUGGAGGAGGAGAGGCAGGCCAGGGUGGGUCAGGUGUCGGACCUCCUCGGCUGGGUCAAAGGCCUCCAGGGUCGGACUGGAGGACCCAACGCUGAGUCCUCCCUGGCUGCUCAACAGGCCAUCAGCGAGCAACUGGCAGCCAAGAAAGAUCAGGUGGCCGAAGCUAUACGGAGCACGCAGGUCUUCCUUCUGUCCAAACAGGCGGGCAAGUUGUCUCCGGAGGAACGAGCUCACGUGGAGGCUCAGCUGAACGAGCUGACGGCCACCUACAACCAGCUGUGCGACAGCUCCACCCAACAGCUGCAGCAGCUGGAGCAGCAACUGGCCAAAGAAGAGGAAAGAAAGAACCAAAUUGCCAUUGGUGGAGUGAUCGACCUGGGAACAGUGGAAACAUUCCCAGUGUUCCAAGCAGCCCGACGUGGUCUGAUUGACCAAGACACCUGCCAUGUGAUGCUGGAGGCCCAGCUCAUCAUGGGUGGGCUCAUCCAGCCAGACUCCCCUGCCAGUCUUUCAUUGGAACAAGGUCUAACUCAAGGCCUCAUAGACACCCACACCAGACAGUCCCUUUCUGAGCUCGAGAGUGCUUUGUGUUCGAGCGAGGAGGAGGAGAAAUCUGAAGUGAAGGUUUCCGUCUCUCAGCAACCAGAACAACCAGAGAGCUGUCAAGAGGGAAAGAAAAGCACAGAGCGAGAACUGCCUCAGAAAUCAACUUUAGCAGAUGAAGAGAAAGCAGCCUUGAUACUGAAAGCCAAAGAGAGUAUUCUCAAAAAGGUGUUUGAAAAGGGAGUGAGCGAGAAGCAGGCUGCUGAGGAGCUGGAGGCUCUGCGCAAAGAGGUGGGGAAGAAGGAAGGUCAAGGAAAACCUCUGCAUGCUAUGGUUGAUGCAGUGGAGAGUCAUGCGGUCAGAGAUGAUGGAGUGAAGAGAUCAAAUGGUUCACCAAAAGAUAGUAAACAAGAGAUGAGUGUCAACGUAGAAAAAACUGCACUGACAGAGGUCAACGAUAAAACUGCAGUGGACAAACCUUUGAUCGAGGAGAAAGUUGAGGCCAAACUGUUGGAGGCUUCUUCAAAGGAGAUGGAAGGGAGCAAGAGUUCUGAAAAGGAAGACGUGCAAAAAGAUGUUCAGAAAGUUCCAUCAGUCCAACCUAAAGAAACUCAGCCAAGUAAACAAAGUAAGAAGAGCAAGAAGUCCAAGAUUGCAAAACUGGCAGACAAAGUUGAGCCUAAUGCUGAAAAGUUAUUGACUGAUAAAAAAGUAGCUUCUGAGGUAAAAGCAACAGAAAUUACCGCAAAAACCACCACAGCAAAACCAGAAAGCUCAGAUUUGCCGAAGGAACAGAGGACGGACAGACAUUCUGAUGAUCAGUCAGCCAUCCUGCCUUCAGUUGGCGAUGAGGCUAAUGAGGUGGAGGCCUCUGCAAUUAAUAUUCAAGAAACUGAGACCACGACUGAUAAAAAAGUAGAAUCUGAGGUAGAAACAACAGAAAUUACCACAAAAUCCACUACAGCAAAGCCAGAUUUAGAAAUCUCAGAUUUGCCUAAGGAACAGAGGACGGACAGACAUUCUGAUGAUCAGUCAGCCAGUGACGCCAUCUUGCCUUCAGUUGGCGAUGAGGCUAAAGAGGUCGAGGCCUCUGCAAUUAAUAUUCAAGGAAAUGAGACCAUCACUGAUAAAACAGUAGAUUCUGAGGUAAAAGCAACAGAAAUUACCACACAAUCCCCAACAGCAAAACCAGAUUUCGAAACCUCAGAUUUGCCUAAGGAACAGAGGACGGACAGACGUUCUGAUGAUCAGUCAGCCAUCUUGCCUUCAGUUGGCGAUGAGACCAAUGAAGUGGAGGCCUCUGCAAUUAAUAUUCAAGGAACUGAGACCAUUAAACAAAGUUCACCAUAUUUACAUGAAACUCAGAAACCCAAAGCUGUUCAGGAACAGCUACAAGUGGCAGAAGCUACAUCUGUUGGGAAAGAAGAAGUCCAUUUGGAUACUAGAAGCGCUAGCAAAGACACUGAGGAUUCUCAGGAUACUGUAUACAAACUGGACAUCCAGCCCACAGCUAAGUCUAUGAUUCCCGGUCCACAGCCAGAUAAAUCAACUAGGAAAGCUAAAAAGAAGAAAAAGCUCCAACCUCCCGAAGUUGAAAGGACCAGUGCUCCCGAAUCUUUAAAAACCCAAAUGUCACACUUGGACUCUCCUGUGGCAACACCUUUGGUCCCUGAUACUGCUUCAUCUGAAUCAGAAUCACCUGGAAUACCUGGGUCUGAUACAGCCACCGAGAGCUGGGGAGAAGAAGAAGAUAAUGCCAGCAGGAGUCAAGAAACCGUGUCAAACAAAGACGACAAAACAUCCACAACUGGCAAGUCGUCAUUAUUGCGUCAGGAAUGCUUGGAGCAUGACCAGCGAAUCGUAGCUCUGGUCUCCAUGGUCAGACAUGUCGAGGUUCGACUGAAACAGCAGCAGCAGCAGUCUGUCGGUCGCAGCCUCAUCGCAUUGGACGACAUCAUCAGACAAACUGAGGCUCUGGACCUUGAACUGCGCGACUUGGAACCGGAGAUCAACAAAGAAGUCGAUGCUGCUGAGCAACUGCUGAAGCCAAAACCUAAAGAUGUUCCUCCACAGCUCCUAUUGGCUCUGGAGAAGGACGGGCGGAGCUUGGCUCGAGGAUACGAAGCCGCCAGAGCGCUUUCUGAGGGCAUAAUGCAAAGUCUACGAGACCACAGAGACUCUUAUAAGGACGCAGUAACAGCUGAGCAGAAGUCACUGGGACAACAAGUGGACAGUCUGCUGUCCUGGUUGAAGGAGACGGAGGCUCAGAUGGACAGAGGAAUGGAAAAAAUGGAGAAAGCAGACAAAGACGACAGUCAUGAUCAGCUCACUCAGCAGCUCAGUCUCUGCAAGGAGCUCCAGUCCUCCCUGAUGGCUCGCUCCAACGAGGUCAACAACGUGGCCUUUGACAUUCAGGUGUUCAUCUCGGAGCGGGCCCAGGACCUGGGGCCGGAGCAGAGCAGGCAGCUCCUGGGGCAGCUCCAGCAGCUGCAGAGGUCCUUCCACAGAGCGUCGGGUCGAGCCCAGGCCUGGUCCGAUGCUCUGUCUGCCCAGAGAGAGAGGGAGGGGGAGAGGCAGCGCAGGGAGAGGCUGAAGGAAGAGGAGAAGGACAGAGAGAGGCAGAGUGCCAGGGAGAGAGAGGUGGUUCAGCAGCAGAAAGCCGAGUGUUCUCAGAAACUAGAAGGCCUCAGCAUGUGGUUGGCUGGAGCAGCCAGUCUGCUGGCCAAUCAGAGAGGGGGAGCAGAGUCAGGUGAUGUGGACAUCCUGCAGGAGAAGCAGAAAAAACUAAAGGAAGUACAGAAGGACCUCCGGACUAAAGGUGAGGGCGUAGCUGAGGCCAUCCGGUCCGUGGAAGAGUUUCUGGCGGAGCGAGGAGAAAGUCUGAGCCCAGCGGAGAGGGAGAACCUGCAGGGGGCGCUAGCAAAAAUGAAGGAGCAGUACAGUGCACUGACAGAUUCAGCAAACACGUCGCUGUCGGAGCUCGACACCGCCAUCAACACAACUGUGCAGCAGAACACACAAAGGGCGAAGGCAGUGGAGGAGCUGCAGGAGACCCAAAGCCAGAUCGGCUCUCUGCUGAACGAGCUGUCUUCCCUGAACCAACCAGCCAGGAGAGGAGACGGAUCUGGAGCAGGACAAGACGUUGUUGAUGCUCCGUUUUCACAGCCAGAGGGCGCUGUAGUGUCACAUACUGGAAUGUUGCAGGCGGAGCUCCAGCAGCUGCAGGCUCAGCAGGCUCAGCUGCUGCAGAUCUCCCAGUCCACCCGCUCCCUGUUGGACCAGCCGGACUCGGCAGUUCCUCCAGAGGAGAAGCAGCGACUCCAAGCUUCCCUGGACCAGCUGCAGGCUCAGCACCAGGACAGGCUGCAGAGCUGCCAGGACCGUCUGAGGAAGUCUGAGGCUCUGAAGGACGAACUGACAAAGUUCCUGCAGGAACAUGGAAGUCUGGGCACCUGGCUGGAACAAAGCGAGCAGGAGCUGCGUUCUCUGGGGGAAGGAGAAACUGAUGCACAGGGACUGAAGGGCCGGCUGGAGGAGCACAGAAAGCUUGCUGAGGAUGUCAUUUGCCACAAAGCCGACCUGCGAUUCGUCUCCAUCUCCGGUCAGAAGGUUCUGGACUCGGUUCAAGGAGCUCAGGAGCAGGCAGGUAGUUCAGAUCCGGCUCUGGACGGCACCAAGCAGCUGGUAACUGACAAGCUGCAGGACGCGAACCACAGAUACACAACACUACACACCAAGUCGACAGAGCUGGGCGGCCGUCUGUCCGGCCUGUUGGAGCGAUACCAGCAGUACCAGGACGAGGUCGUCUCCCUCCACUCGUGGCUCAGCACUCAGGAACAGAACCAAAGCAUCGCCAAGCCUAGUGGGGAGACGGACCCACAGAACCUGCAGAACACACUACGACAAGUACAGCUGCUUCAGGACGAGCUGGCCGAGCGCUCGGUGCAGCUGGAGAAGGUGAAGAGGGCAGGAAGAGACCUGGUCAGCACAGACGAGUCUCCCUCUCUGAAAGCUGUUGACAUCCUCUGUGCUGCAGACGGUUUAGAGAAGAGAUUCGGCUCGUUGUCUACGUCCGUCUCAGAACGGGCCGAGCAGCUGCAGACAGCUGUAGCCCAGUCGGUCAGCGUCCAGGAGGGUCUGAAGGGGCUGCUGAGCUGGCUGGACAAACUGGUUCUGAACCCCGGACCAGUUGAGCCCACUGCACAGGCUGUACAAGACGCUCUGACCCAGAACCAGAAACUUCGACAGGAGCUGCUGUCCAGGCAGGGCAGCGUGGAGGCAACACGAGACUCCAUUUCCAAACUCCUUCAGAGCUCCGACGCCUCCACAGCUUCAGGCCUGCAGGGCAGCUUAGAUGAACUGACUCAGCGCUACACUGCAGCUCAGGCCAGCCAGGCUGAGAGGGAGGCCGAGCUCAAAGGGCUGCUGCCCAGGCUGGAGAACUACGAGAGGCUGGGCACCGACCUCCAGGUGUUUACCCAGAGCCGACUGAAGGCCCUGAGCCCUGUGGGACAACCGGACCGCAGCGUGGACGACUACAGGCAGACUGUCGAGGAGGUCAGAUCUGAGCUGGAGCAGGAGGCUGGUCAGCUGAAGUCCUUCUGCAACAUCGGCACUGAGCUCAGCCAAUCAAAAGCCUUCAGCAACACUCAAAGCUUAUUGGACAAAGUCAAAGGGGUGACGGAUGAGUUCACCCAGCUGGAAGAAAAUGUCAACGAAAGGUUUGCUGCCAUUCAGGCCUGUGAGCAGCAGCUGCUGCAGUUCCGCGGCCUCUCUGGCUCCCUCGCCAGGUGGCUUCAGACUGCACAGGACCAGCUGCCCUCCAAGGAGGCCAACCUCAACACUGAGGGCCUGCAGAGAAGAGUGCAGCAGCUCAAGGACUUGUUGAACGACUGGGAGUCGCAGGGAUCCAGAGUUCAAGAGUUGAACAAGUCGGGCUCUGAGCUGGAGUCCCUCAUCAUCGACAUCACCGCCCCUCAGACCAAAACCGGUGCUCCUCAAAUCAAUGGCUCAGCAGGUCCCAGCAGUGUCAAUGGCAUUCACACCUGUAAAGACCUGACAGAGCUCCAGGUAGCGGUGUCUGACGUGAACGGUCGAUACGACUCUCUGGGCGGAGAGUUAAAGGAGCGUCUCGGUCGGCAGCAGGCCUCACUGGAGCUCCGGCAGAAGGCCAGGCAGGGCGCUGAGGAGCUCAAGACCUGGCUGACCGACAGAGAACAAAGCCUGAAGCAGGGGCAGACGGCCUCCCCUUCCAAACCCGAGGCUGUGCGCGCUCAGGCCCAAGAGAACAAGGCCUUGCUGUCGGAGCUGUCUGAACACUCCGGGAAGGUGGAAGAGCUGAAGAGCACACUGAGGAAACUGAUUGCAGACAACCCUGAUUCUCCAGAAGCAGACAGCUGGAGACAACAGCUGCAGGAGAUAGACUCCCGCUGGCAAACAGCCAAUCAGACGGCAGCUCAGAGACAGACUGAGCUGGAGACGUGUGCUGAUAGGCUGGGAAGCUUUGCCUCAGCGGCCAAUCAGCUGGGCCCAUGGCUCAGGGAGAAGGAGCUGAUGAUGAGCGUGUUGGGACCUCUGAGCAUCGACCCCAACAUGCUCAACACACAGAAACAACAAGUACAGUUCAUGCUGCGUGAGUUUGAGACCCGGCGGCCCCAGUUCGACCAGCUCACCCAGUCUGCUGAGGGCAUCCUCUCCCAGACCGGCGACUCUGCUCAGGAUCCCAAGGACCUGGCGGAGGUGCGAACUGAACUGGGCUCCAUCUCCCAGCAGUGGGAGGAUCUGACACAGAAACUGACUCAGAGGUCAAACCACAUCGAUCAGGCCCAAGGAACCAGCGAGCGCUACCAGGCUUUGCUCAGAGAACUCUCCUCCAGUGCUUCUGCUCUGAGCGAAAGGUUAGAUGCUCAGGCCUCGCUGAGCGCUCAGCCCGAGGCGCUGAAACGUCGCCUGCAGGAAACCGGAGAGAUCCGCUCGGAGCUGGAGAGGAGGCGGACUGAGCUCUCCGAGGCCGAGAGGCUCUGCCAGGAGCUGAGCACCAUCGUGGCCGAACCCUACCUGAAGGAGGAGCUGAACAAACGACUGGAGAGCGUCAGCGGGCCGCUCAGGAGUUUGGAGGAACGUGCAGCUGAUGGCCUGUCUCAGCUGCAGGCCGCCCUGUCGUCCACCCAGCAGUUCCAGCAGAUGUUUGAGGAGUUGCGCUCUUGGCUUGACAGGCAGGCGGAUCCCAGAGAAUCAUCCAGCGUCUCCCUGCCCUGUCGGCCGGAGGCGAUCCGCUCGCUGCUGGCGCAGACAGAUGAGCUCCAGCGUGGGAUUGCCAGCCAGCGAGGUUCCUACGAGCUGAUCCAGGCGGAAGGAGCAUCGCUGCUCGCUGCUCUGCCGGCAGGCGGAGACGAGCGCUCGGCCCUGCAGUCCCGCCUGGCCUCCCUGCGACAGGACUGGGAGGGGCUGAACCACCGGAUCUCAGACCGAGAGGCCAGACUGAAGACCACACUGAGCAAAGCUGAAACUUACCAGCAGCACAAGGCCGAGCUGACGCCGUGGUUGGCAGAUUGUGAGGAGAAAGAUGGAGAGAUCCAGCCGUCCUUGGAUUCAUCUGCUCUGGAUGAAGCCCUGCAGAAAGCCAGAGGUUUGUCCCUGGACUUGGAGAGACGACAGCCUCUACUUGAGGCUUUUAACACUUCAGCUGAUCAGCUGCUGGAGCAGUGCUGCAUCGGGGAGGAGGAGGUACGUGAUGAGAAGGCCCAGCUGAACCGCAGGGUGGACGGACUCGGCGAAAGGCUCCACAACCGAACCUCUCAGCUGGAGGAGCUGGCCGGCCGCCUGAAGGAGUUUGAAGAAGGCCGACAAGCUGUGGAGAGGAGGCUGGAGGCUGCCAAGCACCAGAUUGAAGUUCAGGAGGCUCUAGGGCCUCAGGCGUGCAGUGCUAAAAGCCUGGAGAGGCUGAGGAGUCAGCAGGAGAGUCUGAGGUCUCUGCAGCCUCAGGUGGUUUACCUCAGAGAUCUGGCCCAGGGGCUGGUGCAGGAUGCACCCCAGACACCAGGUGGCAGAACCGAGGGGGCACAGAGACUCCAGGACCAGGCCAAAGACACAGAGAAAGAGUAUGACGGCGUUACUGACAAGAUCGAGCAGUGCUGCUCCUCCCUGGAGUCUCGGCUGCAGGGCGUCGGCGAAGUCCAGGCUCACGUUCGAGACGUCUUCUCUCGCCUCGCCGACCUUGAUGAUGAACUGGACUCCCUCAGUCCUGUUGGACGGGAUGCAGACUCUCUGGCCUCUCAGGCCGACGCCCUGAAGGGCUUCCUCUCCCGCCUGGCCAGCCUCAGGACCGAGCUGGAGAGCCAUGCGACCGAGUGCACCACCAUGCUGCGACGAGAAGGCUCCUCGCCUGACCUCCUGGCUCUCCGGAGGGAGACAGAGGCUUUGAGCCGCCAGGCCGGCAAGCUGAGCGAGCGCGGUCAGGCCAGAUUGGACCAGAUCGAGGAUGCUGCAGACAGGGUUCGGGAUUUCUACAGGCUGGUGGCUGAGCUGCAAGGCCUGCUGGGAAGAGCAGAAGAGGGGCUGAACGCUCAGGGCCUGGUGGGCACUGAGGUGGAGAUGAUCAAGCAGCAGCUGCAGGAGUUCAAGGCCGUGGAGAGAGAGCAGGUAGACAGCAUUCAACCAAAGCUGCAGCACGUCAACGCAGUGGGUCAGGGUCUGAUCCAGAGCGCCGCCAAACACACCGACACCCAGGCGCUGGAGCACGACCUGGAGACCACCAACCUCCGAUGGAACUCACUCAACAAACGGGUGGCCGAGCGGAUCGCACAGCUGCAGGAGGCCCUGCUGCAUUGUGGGAAAUUCCAGGAUGCUCUGGAGCCUCUGCUCAGCUGGCUGAACGACACGGAGGAGCUGGUGGCCAAUCAGAAGCCGCCGUCCGCCGAGUACCGCGUGGUCAAGGCCCAGAUCCAGGAGCAAAAGCUGCUCCAGAGAUUGUUGGAUGACCGCAGGCCGACGGUGGAGAUGAUCCGGGCCGAAGGAGAGAGAAUCGCCACCACGGCAGACACUCAGGACCGAGAGAAGAUCCAGACACAGCUGCAGAGUCUAGCAGAGAGAUGGACCGACCUGCUGGACAAGGCCGGCGGCAGGCAAAGGCAGUUGGAGGAGCUGCAGGUUUUGGCUCUUCAAUUCCACGAAGCCCUGGAGCCGCUGGGCGAAUGGCUGAGCGCCACCGAGAGACGCCUGAGCUCCGCCGAGCCGAUGGGAACCCAGACGGCCAAGAUCACCCAGCAGAUCGUCAAGCACAAGGCGCUCCAAGAUGACGUUUCCUCCCGAGAAGCUGAGGUCGACCACCUCGAGUCUCUCAGCCAAUCGCUGACGCCGCUCAGCUGUGCGGCCGAUCAGGAUUGGUUGAGCGAGCGGGUGGGGGCGGUGAGGUCGGGUCACUCGGAGCUCGCCGAUUGGUGCUCGAGGCGGGCGGGUCUGCUGGAGCAGGCGCUGGCCAACGCUCAGCUGUUUGGGGAAGACGAGGUAGAGGUGCUGAACUGGCUGGCCGAGGUGGCUCAAAGGCUGGCUCAGGUCUCCGUCCAGAGCUACCAGCCUCAGCUGCUGGCCGAGCAGCACAAACACUUUCUGUCUCUGAAUGAAGAGAUCUUGAGCAGAAAGAAAACUGUGGAUCAGGCCAUCAAGAACGGACAAGCUUUACUCAAACAGACCACAGGUGAGGAAGUCCUCCUGAUCCAGGAGAAGCUGGAUGGCAUCAAGUCUCGCUACGCUGAGAUGACGGCCGGCAGCAGCAAGGCCCUCCGCACCCUGGAGCAGGCCCUGCAGCUGGCCACGCGAUUCGCCAGCGCCCACGACGACCUCAACCAGUGGCUGGACGGCGUGGAGGCGGAGCUUAACAACGUGGAGCCCGACGCCACGCCUGCCUACCAGGAGAGACAGAAGGAGCUGAAGAAAGUGUCAGCAGAGAAGCGUCUGGUGUUGGACACGGUGAACGAGGUGGGCAGCGCCUUGCUGGAUCUGGUACCAUGGCGAGCCCGCGAAGGCCUGGACCGCCUGGUCGCAGACGGCAACCAGCGCUACCGCCAGGCUGAUGACACCAUCACUCAGCGGGUGCAGCUGGUACAAGCCGCCAUCCAGAGGUCACAACAGUACGAGGAGGCUGUGGAUGCAGAACUCGCCUGGGUUGGGGAGACGGAGCGCAAGUUGGCGUCUCUGGGGCCCCUGAGCCUGGAGCCUGACGUCACCGUGGCUCAGCUGCAAGUGCAGAGAGCGUUCAACAUCGACAUCAUCCGACACAAAGACACCGUGGAUCAGCUCCUCAACACCAGAGACGACAUCCUGGAAACCUGCAGCGACGCUCAGAAGGACGCUCUGAUGGUGAAGACAGAUUCUCUGAGUGCUCGUUAUGAUGCUGUGAGUCAGAACCACAGCGAGCGGUUCUCAGCUCUGGAGCAGGCCCAGGUUCUGGUGGCUCGGUUCUGGGAGACCUACGAGGAGCUCGAGCCCUGGUUGGGUGAGACUGAAACCCUCAUCACCCAGCUGCCACCACCGGCUAUCGACACCGACGCUCUCCGCCUGCAGCAGGACCAGAUGAGGCUGCUCAGGGAGUCCAUUGCAGAGCACAAACCCCACAUCGACAAGCUGCUGAAGAUCGGACCUCAGCUGGCCGAGCUCAGCCUCCACGAGGGAGCGACGGUGAUGCAGCGCUACACCGACGCCGAGAGACGAUACCUCGCCAUCAAAGAGGACGUCAAAGGUCGCGCUACUGCUCUAGACGAGGCGGUGUCUCAGUCUGCUCAGCUGGUGGAGUUCCACGACAAGAUGGACCCGCUGUUGGAGACCCUGGAGGGGGCGGUGCAGCGGCUGCGGCAGCCUCCUCCGGUGGCAGCAGAGGUGGAGAAGAUCAGGGAGCAGCUGGCAGAGCACCGAGCCCAGGGGCUGGAGCUGGACAAACUGCUGCCCAGCUUCUCCGCCCUCUGCGCCCGAGGAGAAGAGCUCAUCGGCAGGGCGGCUCACGACGAUCCUGCUGCUCAGGCUGUUCGUUCUCGCCUCCUGCGCCUCCGUUCUCUGUGGGAUGAGAUCCGGCAGCGAGCCGAGGAGCGGGAGGGAAAGCUGAACGACGUGUUGGACCUGGCCGGGAAAUUCUGGGCCGACGUGGCGGCGCUACUGAGCACGCUCCGAGACUCCCAGGACAUUGUGAAGGAGCUGGAGGACCCCGGGGUUGACCCAUCGCUCAUCAAACAGCAGAUUGAGGCUGCAGAGGCCAUCAAGGCGGAAACAGACGGCCUGAGGGAGGAGCUGGAGUUUGUCAGGACCCUCGGAGCCGACCUCAUCUUUGCCUGCGGAGAAACUGAGAAACCUGAAGUCAAGAAGACCAUAGAUGAGAUGAACGCUGCCUGGGAAGGCCUGAACCGGACAUGGAGGGAGAGGAUGGAGAGACUGGAGGAGGCCAUGACUGCUUCUGUUCAGUAUCAGGAUGCGCUGCAGUCUAUGUUUGAUUACUUGGACAACGCUGUGAUCAAACUGUGCGACAUGUCGACCGUGGGAACCGACCUGGGAACUGUCAAGCAGCAGAUUGAAGAGCUCAAGCAGUACAAGGUGGAGGUUUACCAGCAGCAGAUCGACAUGGAGAAGCUGUGCCACCAGGGGGAGCUGCUGCUGAAGAAAGUGUCCGACCAGACGGACCGGGACAUGAUCCAGGAACCGCUGACCGAACUCAGACACCUCUGGGACAACCUGGGGGACAAAAUCACCCAAAGACAGCACAAGCUGGAGGCUGCCCUGCUGGCCCUGGGUCAGUUCCAACACGCCCUGUCGGAGCUGCAGGCCUGGCUGAGCCACACUCACACCACUCUGGACACACAGCGACCCGUCAGCUCCGACCCGAAGGCCAUCGAGAUCGAGCUGGCCAAACAUCACGUUUUGCGUAAUGACGUGCUGUCCCAUCAUGCAACGGUGGAGACGGUGAACAGUGCCGGCGCCGAGCUGCUGGAGUCGUCUCCCGGCGACGAGGCCAGUCACCUGAGAGAUCAGCUGGAUAAGCUCAACCAGAGCUGGGAGAGUCUGCUACUCAAGACCAAGGAGAGGCAGAAACUCCUGGAGGCCGCCCUGCAGCAGGCUGAAGGUUUCCAUGGCGAGUUGGAGGAGUUUCUCCAGUGGUUGAGGAGGACGGAGAGCCAGCUGUCUGCUGCCAAACCCACCGGAGGUUUACCUGAAACAGCCAGAGAGCAGCUACAGCAGCACAUGGAGCUUCAGGCGCAGCUGACUCAGCGAGCGGAGCAGUACCAUCGUCUGCUAGAUCAAGGAGAGUCCAUGCUGCUGGCCCGUGGAGGAGAGGAGGCCGGACCUGGUACCACCCAGACCCAGCAGAACCUGGGCAUGCUGCAGAACAAGUGGGGCAGCCUCAACACCAAGAUGGACGACCGCAGGGGAAAACUGGAAGAGGCCGUUUCCUUGGCGACAGGCUUCCAGACUUCUCUGCAGGACACCAUCAACUGGCUAACGCAGGCUGAACAGACCCUGAACAUGGCUCAGCCCCCCAGCCUCAUACUGGACACUGUCCUCUUCCAGAUUGACGAGCACAAGGUGUUUGUGAACGAGGUGAACACCCACAGAGAGCAGGUCCUGGCUCUGGAGAAGGCCGGCUCUCAGCUUCGCUUCGCCAGCCUGAAGCAGGACGUGGUACUCAUCAAGAAUCUGCUGCUCAGCGUUCAGGCCCGCUGGGACAAGCUGGUCCAGAGGUCCCUGGACCGAGGCCGACAUCUGGACGAGGCCCGCAAACGAGCCAAACAGUUCCACGAGGCCUGGAGGAAGUUGACCGACUGGCUGGAAGAAGCUGAGAAAAGACUGGACUCAGAGCUGGAGAUCUCCAAUGAGCCAGACAAGAUCAAAGUACAACUGGCCAAGCACAAGGAGUUUCAGAAGGCGCUGGGAUCAAAGCAGCCUGUUUACGACACCACGGUGAGGUCUGGGAAGGCCAUGAGGGACAAAGCUCAGCUGCCUGCAGACACCCAGAAACUGGAUCAUCUGGUUGGAGAAGUUCGAGACAAGUGGGACACCGUCUGCGGCAAGAGCGUGGAGAGACAACACAAGCUGGAGGAGGCUCUGCUGUUUUCAGGCCAGUUUGCUGAAGCUCUUCAGGCUUUGGUGGACUGGUUGUACAGAGUGGAGCCUCAGCUGGCAGAAGACCAGCCAGUCCAUGGAGACCUGGAUCUGGUGUCCAACCUCAUGGACUCACAUAAGGCUUUCCAAAAAGAACUGGGAAAGAGAACCAGCAGCGUUCAGGCUCUGAAGCGUUCGGCUCGGGAGCUGAUGGAGACCGGCCGCGACGACACUGCGUGGGUCAAAGUUCAGCUUCAGGAGCUCAGCAACCGCUGGGACACAGUGUGCGCCCUGUCAGUCACCAAGCAGACCCGCCUCCAGCAGGCCCUCAAGCAGGCGGAGGAGUUUCGUACGGCGGUGCAGGUGCUCCUGGAGUGGCUGUCGGAGGCAGAGCAGACGCUCCGUUUCCGCGGUGUCCUUCCUGAAGAGGCGGAGACUCUGCAGGCGCUGCUGCACACACAUCGAGACUUCAUGGGCACCGUGGAGGAGAAGAGGGCCGACGUGAACAAGGCUGCUGGCAUGGGAGAGGGCAUCCUGACCAUGUGUCACGCUGACUCCAUCACCACCAUCAAACACUGGAUCACCAUCAUCAGGGCGCGCUUUGAGGAGGUGCUGACUUGGGCCAAACAGCACGAGCAGCGCCUGGAGACGGCUCUGACCGAAGUGCUGAACAAUGCCAACCUGCUGGAGGAGCUGUUGUCAUGGCUACAGUGGGCUGAGACCACAUUGGUCCAAAGAGACACUGAGCCGCUUCCUCAGGACAUCCCACAACUCAAGACACUGAUCACAGAGCACCAGAUGUUUAUGGAGGAGAUGACGAGGAAGCAGCCGGACGUCGACAAAGUCACAAAAACCUACAAAAGAAAACCAGCCGAGCCUCCCAGCAGCCUGGCUGAGAGGAGAGGAGCUCGCAAACACCAGCAACAACAACAACAGCAGCAGCAGCAGGCAGCCAUGCAGGUUUCUGGAGGAAACCCUCGACUCAACCAGCUCUGUGCCAGGUGGCAGCAGGUGUGGCUGCUGGCUCUCGACCGCCAGCGUAAGCUCAACGACGCUCUGGACCGGUUGGAAGAGCUCAAGGAGUUUGCCAACUUCGACUUUGACGUGUGGAGGAAGAAGUACAUGCGCUGGAUGAACCACAAGAAGUCUCGCGUCAUGGAUUUCUUCAGACGCAUCGACAAGGACCAAGAUGGAAAGAUCACGCGGCAGGAGUUCAUCGACGGCAUCUUGGCCUCCAAGUUCCCAACUAGUAAGCUGGAGAUGACGGCUGUGGCGGACAUCUUUGACAGAGACGGAGACGGUUACAUCGACUACUACGAGUUUGUUGCUGCUCUGCACCCCAACAAGGACGCCUACAGACCGACCACUGACGCUGACAAGAUCGAGGAUGAGGUCACUCGGCAGGUGGCUCAGUGUAAAUGUGCCAAGAGGUUCCAGGUGGAGCAGAUAGGAGAGAACAAGUACCGGUUCUUCCUCGGAAACCAGUUCGGCGACUCUCAGCAGCUUCGUCUGGUGAGGAUUUUGCGCAGCACGGUGAUGGUGAGAGUCGGAGGAGGCUGGAUGGCUCUAGACGAGUUUCUGGUGAAGAAUGAUCCAUGCAGAGUGCAACAUCCAGGACUUAAGAUUCUUCGCUCCGAUUCCAGUAGCUCCAUCUCAUCUCGUAUAGUGACAGUCACUCCUGGCUAUUUCUGCUGCCGAGCUCGCGGUCGCACCAACCUGGAGCUCCGGGAGAAGUUCAUCCUUCCUGAAGGAGCCUCUCAGGGUCUGGCUGCCUUCCGAUCCCGAGGCCGCCGCUCCAAGCCCGGCUCUCGGAACGCCUCCCCGACCCGAUCCUCGUCCUCGGCCUCCCACAGCGGCGCCUCUCUGCCCUCUGCUCCCUCUGCCCCCGCCACCCCGACGGCCUCAGCUUCAUCCAGGUCCUCCCAUACUCACUCACGUGACUAUGCCAAGCCCUGGCUGGCACACAGUAAAACUCCAACGCCAACCAAGUGCCACUGCUGCCCAGAUCUCGGUCACAGCCUCGCCACUCCUGGGCACGAGGGGGCAGCGUCCGGCUCCAAGCUAAAGCGGCCGACCUUCCACUCGAGUCGAGGCUCGCUGACCGGAGAGAACGGAGGAACGACACACACCAGCAAACCAUCACGGACUGAUCCAAAGCGAGCGGCGUCCACAGCCAGCGGUCCGACCAGCCGAGCCGGCAGCCGAGCCGGCAGCAGGGCCAGCAGCCGGCGGGGCAGCGACGCCUCGGACGCCUCGGAGCUGCAGGACGCCCGCUCGGUCUGCUCGGACACCUCGGACACCCCGAGACGGCCGGGCGGAGGGGCCAAGCCCUCCAAGAUCCCCACCAUCUCCAAGAAGGCCCCCAGCCCGAAGACCCCGGGGUCGGCCAAGAAAUAAACCCAGCAGAGGAGCCGGAGCAGCAGCGACACCUCCGACCUGAACCUCCAUCCAUAGGGCUCGUACUGAAUCUGUGCACUAUGACUGAUAUUUAACAGGGAAAGAAGGAGAAGCCGAGCAAAUCUCCUUCUCAGUCUUUCCCUGAUCUCCUGAACCGACUGAGAACCUGCACAAGAGGAGAAGAGUUGAGUCUUCGGGGUCGGCGACGACGUUCCCCCUUUAAGAAGUGACCCCAGUUUGCCUUCCAGCCUCCUGCUCCGAACAGCGACCGCCUCGACGUGAUGCUGCCUUACUUCACUCUUCUGUCCUGAUCCGACAGUCUUUAAACUGCUUUAUACCACACAAACACACACUUUAAACCCAGCAGGCGGAGCAGGGAGCGGGACACGCCACCACCACGGCUGCAAAAACACAGAAACGAAGAAGCUCAAACAACAUUCAGGAAAAAAAAAGAAAAAAAAAAGAAUUGUGGGUUUUUAUUUUGGCUUGUGGGCCAGAUGCCUCAGCGAUGAGUUAAAAAAGAAAAUAUGCAACGACUGCCAUGUCGCUUCUCCCGGACAGAAACAUCUCCAGAGGCAGCGUGUGGAGACGCUGCAGAGGACCGGCGGCGGCGGCGGCGGCGGACAAACACUCACACACUGAAACACCGCAGCAGACUCCUCCGACCGCCGGAACGCCAAGAUCGGCCUCCUGUGUGCAUUUCAGCGAAGGGCGGUGUGGUUUCGUCACAUGCCGGCGUAACAAUCCGACACACAAACAUCACAAACUGGCAAUAGACAGGACUAUUUUUACGGCGACACACUCAACUAACAGCACAUUACUGACAAUAUACGACACGUGUAACCUGAUGUUAGCGUCCGCAGAGCUCGACAACCAGCAUGCACUAACUGUCUGCAGCUCCACCUUAACCUACUGUGUUGCCCCUAGCAACCCAGCAGCGCACACACACACACACACUCUCUCUAUGACACACUGUGGUGUGUAUCGUGUGUGUCUUUGUUACAGGAAACAAUAGAGGUCAUUGACUUGAGUCACUGUAUGCAAAACUUUAAUUUGCGAAUGUCAUUUUUGUUUUUUUUGUUUUUUUUCUUCUCGUUGUUUUCUGGUUAAUUUAUAAUCCAGUUUUUGUUUUCUAGCUUUGAAAGAAAGAUCUAUUUAUUUUCAUGUCAUAUCACCGUUCAGCAGAGAGUGAUUUAGUAUUAUGGUUAAAGAAAUUGUGAUUUUUGUACCGAGAAGAUUUCCACUCCGCUCUUUUUUGACAUGAUCUGUGUGUAAACGUGUGUUUCUACUCCAUUGUAACAUGACAUUAUUCACUAGGUCGCCUUGUUUGUUAAAGUUUCUUUAAUGCUAAUGACUACGAUUUCCUGACCACGACCAAAGGGGUUUGCCCUUCAUGUGUAGACAGAGAACUACAAAUAUGAAUGACAGGAGGGCUGGGCGGAGCGGACCAAUCAGAGUGGGUCUUCUUCCCCGGCGUCUCUUCUUCUAGGCUUUUUUUCAAAUGUCCCGUCGCUGGCGGGGCCGAGUUGUCUCUGUGUUAUCUCAGUGUAAGAGAUGAAGUUUAUGAAAACUAAUGACAUUACAGUAAGAAAGAAGACAUCUUAAGGUGAUUUUUAUUUAUUUAUUGUCUCUGAGGGGGGAUUCGGGCGCAGGAGACGAGUCGCCACCUUCUGAUGCUGUGUGAUGAUGGAGGGAGGGAGGGAGGCGUCACCACGAGUCACUUGUGUAAAAGUAAAAUGAAAAAAAGAAAAAAAAAACUAAAAUUAUAAACAAUUUUUUUGUUCUGUUUUUGUAUUAAAAAUAUGCUUGCAGUAAAACUUUC